AUGUACCGCAAAACAAGUGAUGAGUUUGUCGGUAAAACUUCGUUUUCCCCACCCCACCCUUUGAAAAUUAUUCUUUUGAAGAUUCUUCGUUGUCAAGCCGCCAAAGUGGAGAGUGUGAUUGCAGAAGGGGGUGCUUCUCGUUUCAGUGCUUCUUCGGGCGGUGGAGGAGGUAGGGGUGCGCCUCAGCACUAUCCCAAGACUGUCGGCAACAGCGAGUACCUGGGGAAAGCCCCAGGGCCUAGCGUUCAGAGAUGGACUCCUUCACGAAGCACUAGACGAGAUGUCAACUCCUCCAACGAAAAAGAACGGCACGAUGCAAUCUUUAGGAAAGUCAGAGGCAUAUUAAACAAGCUCACCCCAGAAAAGUUUGAUAAGCUAUGCCUUGAGCUCCUGAAUGUGGGCGUAGAUACUAAACUCGUCCUAAAAGCCAUCAUCUUGCUGAUUGUAGACAAAGCCCUUGAAGAGCCCAAGUAUAGCUCGCUAUAUGCUCAGCUAUGUCUGCGCUUGGCAGAAGACGCACCGAACUUUGAUGGCCCGUCACCAGAGGUCCAGUCAGCUCAAAAGCAAAGCACGACAUUCAGGAGACUUUUAAUUUCUAAGCUUCAAGAUGAAUUCGAAAAUCGUACCAGAAAUGUUGAAAUCUAUGACAAACAUGACAACCCUCUCACAGCUGAUGAAGAGGAGCAGCGUGCAAUUGCCAAGAUCAAGAUGCUGGGCAACAUCAAAUUUAUUGGAGAACUUGGCAAACUUGAUCUUAUCCAUGAAUCUAUCCUUCAUAAGUGCAUCAAAACACUUUUGGAAAAGAAGAAGAGAGUACAACUUAAGGAUAUGGGAGAGGAUUUGGAGUGCCUCUGUCAGAUAAUGAGAACAGUGGGACCUAGAUUAGACCAUGAAAAAGCCAAGUCUUUAAUGGAUCAGUACUUUGCCCGUAUGAAAUCCUUAAUGACACACAAGGAAUUACCAGCAAGGAUUCGUUUCCUGCUGCAGGAUACUUUGGAGUUGCGAGAAAACAACUGGGUUCCUCGCAAAGCUUUUAUUGAUAAUGGACCAAAGACGAUUAUCCAGAUUCGUCAGGAGGCAGUAAAGGAUUUGGGUGUUUUUAUUCCCACAAAUAUGUCACAAGGAAUGAGGACUGACUUCUUUCUGGAGGGACCGUUUAUGGCACCCAGGAUGAAACUUGACAGAGAAACUCUUGGAGGACUUGCUGAUAUGUUUGGGCAGAUGCCAGGCAGUGGGAUUGGCACUGGUCCAGGAGUUAUUCAAGAUAGGUUUUCACCCACAAUGGGACGUCAUCGUUCAAACCAACUUUUUAAUGGCCAUGGUGGACACAUUGUGCCUGCUCCUCAGUCCCAGUUUGAAAUGGGGGGAAAAUCUUUUAUGAAAUCAAACCAGGGGCAGAACCAGCAUUAUCAUGCCCAGAACCAGGGACAUCCAUCCCAGCAGCAAGCUCCGUCCAAGGACAUGCAGCCUCGGUUCAUAAAGAAAGGACAGUUAAAUGCAGAUGAGAUCAGUCUAAGACCUGCCCAGUCAUUCCUAAUUAAUAAAAAUCAAGUGCCAAAGUUGCAGCCGCAAAUACCAACUAUGAUUCCACCAAGCGCCCAACCUCCUCGAACACAGACACCACCAUUGGGACAGCCACCUCAGCUUGGUCUCAAAACUAACCCACCUCCAAUCCAGGAGAAGCCUGCAAAGAAUAAUAAGAAGCCUCCUGCAAAAGAAGAACUACUUAAAAUGACUGAGACUAUUGUAACAGAGUACCUGAACAGUAAAAUUAUAAAUGAUGCUGUUAAUGGUGUGAGAGAGAUGAAAGCUCCAAAACACUUCCUGCCUGAGAUGUUGAGCAAAAUUAUUAUUUGUUCACUUGAUCGAACUGACGAUGAUAAAGAACAUGCCAGCACUCUGAUCCAUUCCCUCAGACAUGAGGGACUGAUCAGUGGAGAUAACUUCAUGCAGGCCUUCCUAAAUGUUCUGGACCAGUGUCCCAAGUUAGAGGUGGACAUCCCUCUUGUGAAGUCUUACUUGGCCCAGUUUGCUGCCCGUGCUAUUAUUGCUGAGCUUGUGAAUAUAGCUGAGUUGGCCCAGCCUCUAGAGAAUGGCACCCAUUUUCCCCUCUUCCUACUCUGUCUUCAGCAAACUGCCAAGUUGAGGGAUCGGGAGUGGCUCACUGACCUGUUCCAGCAAAGCAAGGUUAACAUGCAGAAGAUGCUGCCAGAGAUUGACCAGAAUAAGGAUCGUAUGUUGGAAAUUUUAGACGGAAAAGGACUUGGUUUUCUGUUCCCGCUUCUGAAACUGGAGAAGGAGCUAUUGAAGCAAAUCAAGGCAGACCCAUCACCUCAGGCCAUCUAUAAGUGGAUCAAAGAUAACAUUUCACCCAAACUCCACACUGAUAAGGGUUUUGUCAAUAUACUGAUGACCAGCUUUUUGCAGUACAUUUCCCAUGAGAUGUGUCUAUCAGAGGGAGAUGAGCAAUUAGAUGCUCCUUCAAAAGAGCAACUGGACCAGGAGAAACAGCUGCUGCUUGCCUUUAAGCCAGUAAUGCAGAAGUUUCUGCAUGAUCAUGUAGAUCUGCAGGUCAGUGCACUGUAUGCACUACAAGUUCACUGCAGCAACAGCAGUUUUCCAAAAGGCAUGUUGCUACGUUAUUUUGUCCACUUCUAUGACAUGGAGAUAAUCGAAGAAGAAGCCUUCCUUGCUUGGAAAGAAGAUAUUUCUCAAGAGUUUCCUGGAAAGGGUAAAGCAUUAUUCCAGGUGAACCAGUGGCUAACCUGGCUGGAAACUGCAGAGGAAGAAGAAUCUGAUGAUGAUGCUGAUUGACGAACCAGCCAAAGCCUUAAACAGUGCAGAUAUACUAUUGCUAUGACUUAACUGUUUUUGUUGGGUUUUUUUUUUUUUUUUUUUCACAACCUAACCACUGCGAAAAUUCAUUCCCUCUGUAAAGUUUUCGCAAUAUUUAAAGAAACAUGUCUGUAGAGUGGUUUCUGCCCCAAUAUCCUAAACAUAGUGUUCCAUCUAAGGUUUUAGAAAACCUUCAAUGUGUAGAAGACUUUAUAAUGUAUUAGCAGCAUGCAAUAACUACAUCAUAUGUUCUUCGUAGUAGCAGUAGAUUGCAAGGACCUAUUUUGCUGCCAUAUUCUACAUCGGCUUUCUGAGUUAAAAACUGAAUAGCAACACUGUAGAAAUGCACUUUGUUCGGUGUAAUACUUGAGUCGUUGCAAUAUUCUGACUUUUUUUUUUUUUUUUUUUUUUUUUUUUUUUUUAAAUCCCUCUUUGUUACAAAGAAUCCUAAACUGUAAUCAUUGGUUUGCUGCCGUAAACAUUUUAAUUAGUUAUUGCCUGUAUUUCUACCUCCUAGUAAUGGGCUUUGUUAUGUGCUGGGUUUGAAUAUCCUCAAGUCCU